AUGGAAAGAUAUUAUACUAUCCUGUUUCAAUUUUGCCCAAGGUGGCUUUCAUCACUAGGCUACCAAGUUCAUGGCCUUAUUCGACCAUUCUCGCAGAGGCGGGAAGCUAUGAAUCCCCCUCUGCAUGAUGAGGUGACCCUUCGUUUUGGAGACUUGUCUGACUUGGGCAAACUCCUCCAGAUAUUGAGUGAAAUCCCGAUCAUUGAAGAAAUAUACCAUCUGGCUGAACAGUCUCACGUUGGUGUAUCAUUCCAGACACCGCUAUUAACAAGCGAUGCUAACGCCUUGGGAUCUCUUCGAUUGCUAGAAGCAGUGAGGAUCCUAGACCUAGGAAGAAGUACCCGAAUAUAUAGUGCAACUACCUCGGAGCUCUACGGGACCGACUUCCCUGCACCGCAGACCAAAGAGACUCCAUUCCAUCCGGUUUCUCCUUAUACUGUUGCCAAGCAAUUCCAGUUCUGGACUAAGUAA